AAUUUCCCAUAAUGCAGAUGGUGUGAUGCAGUUAUCUGUACCGUGCAUGCGAGGAAGAGGACAUAAUUGCAUGGUUUCUGCUUAAAAGAAAGCACCAGAAAACGUUCUAUUUUAUUUUGUUUGCCAUCAAAAGAUAGUGUUUACAAAGUUUACAUUUGAGCGUAGAGAAGCAGAUUGGUGCAUCAGUUGUGCUGUGGCUGCUAAGUAGUAUUUUUGACAUUUUUUACUUUUAAUAUCCCUGGUGUCAAGUUUUUUUACUAGUGCUAGUUGGAUAUGAAGGAUUCGCUGAAGCUGGUGUCGAAGUUCACUGCGCACCCAGACUCGAGGUGCUGGUUCGUGGCUUGGAACCCCAAAGGAACUUUGCUGGCUUCUUCGGGAGGGGACCGGUCCAUUCGCAUAUGGGGGCGAGAGGGUGACUCGUGGGUGUGUAAGUCGGUCCUGGAGGAGGGUCACCAGCGGACGGUGCGGAAGGUGGCUUGGUCUCCCUGCGGGAACUACCUCGCCUCGGCCAGCUUCGACGCCACCACCUGCAUCUGGAGGAAGAAGCAAGACGACUUUGAGUGCGUGACCACUCUGGAAGGGCAUGAAAACGAAGUGAAGUGCGUGGCCUGGGCCCCCUCCGGGAACCUGCUGGCCACCUGCAGCCGAGACAAGAGCGUCUGGGUUUGGGAAGUGGACGAGGAGGAUGAGUACGAGUGUGUCAGUGUGGUGAACUCGCACACGCAGGACGUCAAGCAUGUCGUCUGGCACCCAAACCAGGAAAUCCUGGCUUCAGCCAGCUAUGACAACUCAGUGAAGCUGUACAAGGAGGACGAUGAUGACUGGGUGUGCCGGGACACCCUGGAGGGUCACGAGUCGACGGUGUGGAGCGUGGACUUCGACAAGAGCGGCCAGAGACUGGCCUCCUGCAGCGACGACAAGACUGUGAAGAUCUGGAGGGAGUACGAGUCUGGGAACGAGCAAGGUGUGGUGUGUAAUGGCACGGCCCCAACCUGGAAGUGUAUCUGCACCCUGUCUGGCUUCCACUCCCGCAGCAUCUACGACAUCUCCUGGUGUCACCUGUCCGGCGCCAUGGCGACAGCAUGCGGGGACGAUGCCAUCCGGGUGUUUGAGGAGGACACGACCUCUGACCCCCACCAGCCCACCUUCUCCCUGGCCGCCCACGUCCCCAAAGCCCACGAUCAGGAUGUGAACUGCGUGUCCUGGAACCCCAAAGAAGUGGGGUUGCUGGCCUCCUGCAGCGAUGACGGGGACAUUGGCAUCUGGAGCUACCAGCCACAGCACUGAGGAGGCAGCAGCAGAGGGAGAGAGCAUUGGGGACUGUGGCUGGCCAUGUAAAGCAGAGCGUUAUCAGGAGGGUGCAGCUGCAUGGAAAUAUCCCAUGUUUAGGGCUUGAAGUUUUCACUUUUGAUCACAUGACGUCUCUUUAAACUUAUUUUGAGCAGAUUCUGUUUCCUGAUUAAACUCAGAAAAAGCUAUUAAUUACAAAACAAUGUAACUUGUUUUCUUCUUCUUUUUGUAACAUUUUGCACAGGUGCCUACAGAAUGAAACUCAUAGGACUGAAAGAUAAAUAUCCCAAUUGUUACAGUGCUGGAUGCAAGUCCACUUUCUGUAAAUAUCUGUACAAUGUAAGUUGGCUAGUAACAAUAUAAAUGGUAUAAAACAAACUAUUAAUACUAUGAGA